UUUAAAAUGGGCUACACACUGCUUCUCUAAUCCUCCAACUUCCAAUAUUCCAUUCAAUCUUUCUUCUUUGUUCUUUCGUCUCUGUGCAGGAAAUUGCGAGGAACACUCUGGAGUUCCGCCCGUCUUUGUCUUUAUAUAUAAAGCGCCCUUAAUAUACUGAUCUUCUCACAAUUGGCUGCAACACAAUGAAGAACAAUACGCAACAACUUGCCAUUGCCUUUUUGGUCCUAUCGCUCGCCAUUAAUGUUUCUCAAGCUUUUCAAACCAAACCCUUCUCGGAUUUCACAGCGAUCGACCGAUUUCUCAACACAACCCAACAAUGGCUAACCACCCACCAAGCUCGAUUCCACCAUGAUCAGACCCACCUUCUGAUUUCGCCUCCCGUUUUAGUUGCCGGAGUUCUGUCCUUCAUCGCCGCCUCUCUAUCCAGCGCAGGCGGGAUUGGCGGCGGGGGGCUUUAUAUACCUAUUUUGACCAUUGUGGCCGGCGCGGACCUCAAAACAGCCUCUAGCCUCUCGGCUUUUAUGGUCACCGGAGGGUCGGUUGCGAAUGUGUUUAGCAGUUUCUGCUCCAAAAAAUCCAAGUCCGGGGGCAAGAAUUUGAUUAAUUUCGAUAUUGCGCUUCUGACUCAACCCUGCAUGUUGUUAGGAGUUAGUAUUGGAGUUAUCUGCAACCUUGCGUUUCCUGAAUGGGUGAUUACUAUUCUGUUUGCCAUUUUUCUAGCUUGGUCGACCUUGAAAACUUGCAAAAGUGGGAUGCUGUAUUGGAAACUGGAAACACAAGUGCUGAGGAGUAAUGGGUGUGAGAAGUUGGAAGAUGGAACAGGGGACGAACAUGGAGCAAAGGCUUUAGAUGAUCCUCUGAUCGACACACAAGAGAAUCGAAAAUUGAGACUUCCUUUGAUGAAAUUGGGGGUCUUGAUUCUUGUCUGGUUUUCUUUCUAUCUUAUCUAUCUUCUUCGUGGCAACCGCUAUGGACGGAGUCUUAUACCAAUAGAAACAUGUGGAACGGCUUACUGGAUUCUCUCUUCGCUCCAAGUUCCUGUGGCCAUUGGUUUCACUCUCUGGAUCCUUCACAAACAGAAUAGCCCUCAACCCGAAAACUCCCCCCAGAAGGAAUUGGAAGAAGAACGGCCGGCAGUUGAACCAUCAAAGAAACUGAUAUUCCCAUUAAUGGCACUUUUAGCUGGGAUUUUGGGUGGCAUGUUUGGAAUUGGUGGUGGGAUGCUUAUAAGCCCUUUCCUUCUUCAAGUUGGAAUAGUUCCUGAGGUAACUGCUGCAACUUGCUCUUUCAUGGUAUUCUUCUCGGCUACUAUGUCAGCUUGCCAGUAUUUGCUGCUGGGGAUGGAGCAUGCUGAAGUUGCAGUCGGAUUCGCCCUCAUCUGCUUCGUCGCCUCUAUGCUCGGGUUGGUGGUGGUGCAGAAGGCAAUUCGCGACUAUGGAAGGGCGUCUCUCAUCAUCUUCUCAGUUAGUAUAGUGAUGGCUUUGAGUACUGUUUUGAUGACCACAUUCGGUGCCCUUAAUGUUUUAAGGGACUACACUGCUGGAAAUCCUAUGGGAUUUAAAUCACCUUGUUGAAACAAUUUUUCUUUAUGAUGCGGGCUUUGUAAGUUCUUGUGAUUACAGAGAAUUACUAUGAAAGUAAAGGAGAAUGCUUUUACACAAAAA